AAUUGUUGUUGGGCUAGCUAGCCUAUUUUCCUCUUUCCGCCCUCCACUUGUCCUUCUUUCCCGGUAAAAGAAAGCUCUUUGGAAGUUGAGGAAUUGGCUCACAGAACGCAUAUUUGUAAGAAACAGCCUGUAUCAGAGACUGCUGCUAAGGGAUUUUAACGGCAUCGACCAGCAGAUUUGCCGUUUGCUUUUUGGUUGCUUGGUGUUUGGUGCUUCGUGUCCGCCACGACGACUAAUCCCGUCGCUCAUCUCCGAUACCUCCACUCUUUUCUCACCGCCAAGAGGUCAGCAACGAGACAUUUUCGGCCUUAUUUCAUCUCGAAAAUCACGCUUGACUGGGAUGAAGCUGCGACUCGUUACUUUUCGCUUCCCCAACCAGUAGUCAAUCGACGCGCAUUGCUUGGCAUCACAUAUCAGCCUUACUAGUGGCUUGCUCAUCGUCUCGUUCUGCUUUGUCCGUCAGCAUUCGGCGCCCGUAAUUUCCUAUCUUCCAAUCCGUAGUCAAGUAUCACGAUGCCGACCACAGACUUUUGGUCACCUUUCUACUGGCAGACCAGGUUCUCGACCGAAAACAACUUUGAAUGGCUUGUCCCUUCCCCAACACUCAUUCCUCUUGUCCACGAAAUUCUCCUUUCCUUCCCCUCCUCAUCCGCAUUUCUCGCCCAAAAAUUCAGCCAGGAAGGCGAUGGUCAAGAGGAUGAGCCACCGAAAGUGACUAUCCUUCACGUUGGGUGCGGCUCUUCAACACUCGGUACCCAGCUUCAAGCGUACCUCGAUGGUCAACCGCAAUCCCCCAGCCAUGCGGGAGGAGGGAGGAUUUACCAGGUCUACGAUGCAGAUUAUGUCAAACCGCCUGCGUCCAUCAUGUCCGCUAAAGAAGAAGCGAAAGUACCAUUUAAAUUAGUCGACCUACUAUCGACCGAAUCCUUACUCUCCAAUCUCCCUCAUCAAGAAGGACCUAUCCCUUCUGAUGAUAUCGCCAAAGCGAUAGAAGAAGAGCAGAAGUGGGACUUGAUCCUCGACAAGUCUACCUGUGAUGCUAUCUCUACUGGCCCCCAACUGUCCCCGCCCCCCUUUUCCGCUGGUCAAACCGAGCAAGCUCCAGCCGAUCCGGUAGAAAGAAUGACGUUUAACUUAAGCAAAGUGGUGAAGAAAGGCGGGAAAUGGGUGAGCAUUUCGUACUCUCCCAUUCGGUACAGCUUCCUCUCGGAUAUUGGCAAUGAUGGCAAGUACGGCUGGAAGGUUGUGAGGAAGGAGAUGGUGGCUAUGACUUCGAUCCCCGAAGGUAGGCGGAUACGAGAUGGUGAUCAGGAGCGGAUAGUGUACGAACCUGAGACAGGCGUGUGGAUGUAUGUCCUAGAGAGGGCCUAAAGACAAACGAGAUCAUUAUCAUCAUUUAGCGUAGUCACAGCGCAUAAUAGGCAUCAGACAAGACAGACGUGAACAACGGUGCAAAAAUCCAUCACAAAUAAGAAAAAGACAAAACGUCAUCACAGAUAAGAAGGAGACAAAACAUCACUAGAAAAUGCUAAAUAUGCUAUAUGCAAAAUUUCAA